AUGCCCUUAUAUUUCAACUAUACCUUGGCCAAUGCUGCAGCAUUCAACUUCUCUGCAUUCUCCUGCAUUGCUUUUGUUGUGUUCUUGUCUUCCACGCAACCAUUUUAUCUCUCAGAAGUGUUGGGAUUCAAACACAAAGAUAAUAUAGGACAUGUUAUUGGUAUACUAGGAUUUAUAGAUGAAUUGACAUCAAUUAUAUCCGCUCCUUUGAUUGGAGCACUUUCAGAUGAAAUAUCUGCCAAAAAGGCAUGUGGAUCCAAGAUUACCGUUCUGGUUGGAUUUCUUCUUAUCGGAAUCAGUUUAAUUUGCUAUGGGAAAUUUGCAACACAGGUUUUUCCCGAUUUAAUUUUGUAUCGGAGUUUGUUUGCUGUUGGUGUUAUAGCUUGUAUGAGUAUGGUUACUGUGAUGUUCACAGAAAUUUCCAAUUCCGACUUCGACUUACUUACUACGUUAAGAAGAUUUAGGUAUGGAAUUCGUGAGAAUGAGAGUAUCCGAGUCUUCCUGGGAACAUCUGCAAAUAUUGAUCCUGAAACUUUGCAUCUUCUAGGUGAACCAAGUUCGGGAGGGAAUGACGAUGAUGGCUCAAAGUCAACAGGAAAAUAUGCUGCCAUGAUAGGAAUUUCCACUGGGCUCGGUGCUAUCUUCUCCGUUUCGUUCUUCUUAACGAUGCCUGCUAAGCUUCAAGAUUAUUUUACAAGUUUAACCAUGAGUGAUACUAUAAAGCUUUCCUAUGUCAUUUUAGGAUUAUUAUCUAUAGUCAUUGGGGUGAUACUAUACUUUUUCUUGUACUCCAAGGAAAUUCCAUCGAGCCCUCCAUCCGUCAGCACAAAUUAUUUUCAGCUUUUGUUACAUGGAUUACAUGUGUCGCAGCAUGACCCUAGAAUUCAAUUGUCCUACGUAGGAUCUUUGGUUGCUAGACUGACUACCGUUUUGACAUCCAUUUUCAUUCCUUUAUUGGUUUAUAACUUCUAUUCUAAGACUGGAAAGUGCUCGUCAUCUUCCUCGAGUUCAAAUCAUUCCAAGGAAACUUGUUACGAUGGCUAUAUAUUCGCUGCUAUUCUUACUGGAGUUUCACAGACGAUUGCCUUGUGCGCCUCACCAUUUUGGGGAUUACUUAUUGAUAACGAAAGAGUUGGUAAAUAUAGAAGCUUGUUUUUAAGUGGACUUUUUGGAUUUUUAGGUUGCUUCGGUAUAUGUGUGCAUAGUCUCAACGUUGACGAAUUAUACGACCCACGAAACUGGAUUUGCUUCGUGAUGGUUAGUUCAAUUGGAAUAUCGCAAAUUGGAAUUAUCAUGAGUAGUAUGAGCUUGCUUAGUAGCGUCGUGAAGGACACAAGAGACCUGGUUUCUAUUGGAAGUAUAAGUGGAGUUUACAGCUUGUUCGGAGGGGUGGGUAUUCUUCUACUCACCAUUAUUGGAGGGUCCUGGAGUGAUAAGUGGAUACUCGGACCAUUUUUCUUAUUGGGGCUUUUCAACUUGAUAUUAAUCAUUGGAUCAGGCGCUUUCUGGAAGCCUCAAAGUAAUUAA